GCUGCUACCGGCAGCUGAAGACCCGGUCUCCGGUUGCAGUGUUAGGGCGUCGGAAGCGCCUGAGGCUAGCGCAGUGGGAAUGGUUGGCUCUAGGAGACCUGGGACGUGAGCAGAGGAAAGGAGAUGGAUGGAAUAGAGAGAAGAGCCGUAAAGAAGAGCCUUGCGUAGAAUGCCAUUCAGCCACACGCUUCCUGUGUGCAAAAGUGUGCCAGAAAACGCUUACUCCUUUGCAGGGUUCAGACCCUCUGUGGUUAAAGACUGUAUCCAUGCCGUGCUUAAGGAGGAACUGGCAAAUGCUGAAUACUCUCCGGAAGAAAUGCCUCAACUCACAAAACGUUUAUCAGAAACCGUUAAAGAUAAAUUAAAAGAAAUGGGAUUUGACCGAUAUAAAAUGGUGGUGCAAGUAGUGAUUGGAGAACAAAGAGGUGAAGGAGUAUUCAUGGCUGCUCGCUGUUUCUGGGAUGCUGACACUGACAACUAUAUUCAUGAUGUUUUCAUGAAUGACAGUUUAUUCUGUGUUAUAGCGGCAUUCGGCUGUUUCUACUAUUGAAUCUUUGAAAAGUUGGAUAAAGAUAAUGACCAUGAAGAAAUAUGAACUUUUUUAUACUGUUAAAUAUCUCAACAAAAUAAAGAUAAUUUGGCAGUUUGGCAAC